CAGAGGGAGGAGGGAGGGGGAAACGGCGUAUGCUUGUAUACAACCCUGAUUUCCAUUUUUUUCCCAACUCGUAAUGUAUUUAAUUCAAGUGAAACGUAAUCAUGACGUGUCGUGUCAUUAAUCUCCUCGCCGCCUCUCCCGAAACUGAAGGAAGAGGCUGCCUCAGAAGUGAAUCCCCCCUCAGCCAAGACACUAAAGAAUGGCAUAACAUCACACACACUGCUGAGGAUGGAUUCGCCACCAGAGUGUGUGUUAUCCCUUUCUUGUGAGCAGCCACGGUCACCCCCAACACUGCCAUCUCUGGACCACAGCCCCCAGGCUUCCUCUCCUCUACCUGACAGUCCCGUUGUCCUGCCUAUUCACAGCCCUGAACCUUCCCCGCAGAGCCCUGACACCACGCCGUAUUUCCCCCUCUCUCCCUUCCCUCUCCAAGAGGACAAUAAUGAUAAUCAUCUCAACAAUGACGGACAGGAUGCUGAAGAAGGGCUAGAUGGAAUUCCUCCGUCUCCGAUCCCAGCAGUGGCUUUGUUUCCAGGAGGAGGGGGUCAAGAAGCUGGAUGCAGCCCUCGUUUGGACUCCUCUCCUCCAGACACACCAUCAGCUCCCUUCUUAGGAUACGGUGCCCUGGAGCUGGCCCUCUCUUCAGGGCAGAGCGGAAACUGCAGCGAUGAGCUUGACCUCCAGCUGUUUCAAAAAGAUACCGUCACUAGGGCCAUACCUGGAGUUGGAGGGGCCUCAUCCGGGCCUGCGCUCAGGUUUCCCUGUCAUGUGUGUGGGAAGAGAUUUCGAUUCCAAAGCAUUUUGUCUCUUCAUGCUCGAGCUCACAGUCUGGACAGAGAUCGCCGUGCUUCAGCCCUGUACCGGACCGGUCUCCCCUCAGCUCCUCUAAAGCAACACCUCAAAAUUCAGCACAACCACAAAGACUUCAUCCCAAAUCACAGAAGUCACUCAAAUCAGCGUUUACUGCCAGGGAGUCUCAUUCAGCACAUCACAGAAGAUGAGGGUAUCAACGGUGAGGUGAAAUGUCUGGAUGAUGACCCGAAUUCAAACUUUUUACUGGAUGACAGCACACCCCUGACCCCUCCGCUGACAGAGGACCAUGUAUCUGUGACCUCUCCCUAUUCUUCUACCGUCGGAGAGGCUUCAUCUAUUUCCACAGCGCCCACGUUUCGCUGCCAUGCCUGCAAAGGAAAAUUCCGCACUGCUUCGGAGUUGGCGCGUCAUGUCCGCAUUCUCCACAACCCGUAUAAAUGCACCCUUUGUCCUUUCUCUGCUAGCCAAGAAGAGAGUCUGGCAUCUCACUUACAGGAGUGCCACCCUUCCCCAGAGGUACCUGCUAUGCUACCAGCCUUCAAUUCCAGGACCGUUAUUGACACACCAGUGCCCACUCCAACCCAUACCCCAGCCACAACCCCAAGUAACACACAGAUGACAUCAGCUACUGCAGUCUCUGCAUCCUCCUCACUUCCGGCGUUUCGAUGUGAUACAUGUGGACAGAGAUUUACCCAGUCUUGGUUCCUCAAGGGACACAUGCGAAAGCACAAGGAUUCCUUGGACCAUAAGUGCCAGGUGUGUGGUCGUGGUUUCAAGGAACCUUGGUUCCUCAAAAACCACAUGAAAGUUCAUCUCAACAAGCUUGGCCUGAAAGCUGGAUUUGGAACCCCUGGGGUACUAGGCGGUGCUGAGCAGCAGUCUAAAGGUUCUGCUAGUAAUCAGUCUCUAAAUGCUCUUUAUUCAAGCCUCCUUCUUGCUCAGCGCGGAGGUAGAGCCAGAGCUGGGCAUGGAAGAUCCGACAGAGACAUUGGAAGCAGAAAUGAGAUUGGCUUGAGCAAGUCAGCCAUCCUAGGAUAUCUGGGUUUGCCCAGUGAUAGCAGUGGGGCCAGCUGCAUGGAGAGACUUCAAGCAGUAGCUCAGGUGGCAGAGAUGGGACAUGGUAGCUCUGGAGGAGGGGACCCAGGAAGAGGAGCCACAGCAAGAGGAGGAAGCACAGGUGAAACUAUGGCAACCAUGUCAGAAGGAGGGGAACAGGCAACCUGGUGGCAGCUGGUGGCUCGCAGCCUUGCAGUCACUCAACAGCAGCAGAGGCCCCAACAGCGAGGCCCAGGGCGAAAUUCUGUAAUAGCAGAGGCAGACCAAGCCAGAGCCUACCUAGGAGGGCUGGAUCCAAGAGAAGAGGCAGGAGGAACUGGAGGGCCAUGGGAAUGCCCAGACUGUGGAAAGCUGUUCCGCAGCCUGCAGCAAGUGGUGGUACAUGCUCGGGUCCACGCUCAGAGGCCGGCAAAAGGAACUGGCAGUGAAGAGGAGAGCAGUGGUAGUCGUAGAGGGGCAGGGCUAGGAAGAGGAGGCAGCAGUGACAUGAGACUGGAAUCUCAGCCUCACAGCGGUGGAUCCCAGCAAAUCGGAGAUAUAAGACAGGAAUCAAAACUGAACAGUGGUGGAUCACAUCAAGCAGGAGUAACCACAGGGUUUCACUCUGUUAUCUCAAACUUCAAAGGAGAGAACGGCUUCACAGCAGUUUCCUCUAUGCCCUCAGUUCCCACCAGGGAGCGAGUUCGUGGCAGAGGGAUAAAAGACUGCCCCUACUGUGGCAAAGCUUUCCGCUCCUCACACCAUCUCAAAGUGCACCUGAGAGUUCACACAGGUGAGAGGCCCUACAAAUGCCCCCACUGUGAUUACGCAGGGACUCAGUCUGGUUCGCUCAAGUACCACCUCCAACGACACCACAGGGAGCAACGCAAUGCCUUAUCAGCCUCCUCCAAUUCCUCCUCCUCCGGUCUUUCCUCCACUAUCAACAGUCUGACAUCUGGAACCUCUGGGAUAGUCAAGCAGCGCAGAUCUCAGCUCAACCACUGCCCAGUCAACCGAGGCCCAGCUGACACCCCCACCUCACGGUUAGGCCAGCAGUCCUGGCUCUUAGGGCUUCCAGACCAGCGGGAGCAUCGGAAGGCGUUGGCGGCUCUUAGGGAUGUCGACUUUGAGACCCAAUAUAGGUAUCUGUCAGGGGUGAUGGGGGCCCUUUAUCAAGGUGGAAUGGAAGGAGGCUGGAUCAGGGAUUCCCACCCACCAAAAGCCCCAAAGGUGUCUCGUCGUAAGCCACUAACUACAAGCCGGUUGGUUCAGCCACCAGUUGACAAGGAUGAACCUGUGCCAUUAAGUCAAGAGGGUGGAUUUGAACCUUUGGAUCUAUCACGCCGUACCUCACCGGGCCUUGGAGGGAUUGAGGAGAAUGAAGGUAUGAGUGUGUGUGGUGGGGAUGAUGGAAGGGAUGGUUCAGCAGGGGUCAAACUGAGCCGGUGUUUGUUCUGCCCUUUCCAUACGUCAUCAGCAGAACUGAUGGCCAUGCAUCUCCAGGUCAACCACACCAGUAAGUCCAGACGCAAGAGAAACUCUUCAGCUCUUUUGGACGACGUUGCUGCUCCAAAAGCCAUGAAGCCGCAAACGGAUCACGCCGACCUCGACCCUCUAAAUAUAUGGAGGCAUGUGAUUGAGGCAGAGCCCCAGACCCCAUUAGGAGACUGGCCCUCAAAUCAGGCCCAGACUCUUAAUGGUCUAUCCAAGCAUCCAGCAGAACUUCUGGAUGACUCUCUUCACCAUCCAGACUCUGAGGCUUCAGUGUCGAAGAAUGUAAGAGACGGCCCAGCUCUGAAGGAGGAAAUCCAGGUGGAGAAAGAAGAACAAGAGGAGGAAUUUCAAGAGAAUAUGGAGAACAGCAGUGUGGAGGAUUUGCAAGACCAGGAUCUGAGAAUGUCGCUUGAACUUUCACCAGCUCUGAGCUCCAAGCCCUCGGUGGAAGAAGACGAGUAUUAAAUGAAUAAAAUGCUAUUUAAUGACACCAUUUAAACAUGGAGGGUUAUAAUCAAUGUUUUCAACUACAUUUGACACAGUAAUGAAGCCAGAAAGCGCCACAGAGAAGAAAAAGGGGCAAUACUGUCAAUUUCAGCUCCGCUCCUUAAUACAUUUGGUGUUGGACAAACGUGAGAAGUCUUAAAAAUUGAUGUUUCUGAGAAUGGACGUAAAAAUCACAGCUGUCAUGUCCCCCCCCCCCCAGCUUUAUUUGCCUAUUAGAGUUGUGACUGUAUGAUUCACCACAAAAUACAGUGAAGCUCCUGAAGAAAAAAAGAGCAUGGCUGCAUCUUUUCAGGAUUUUGUAGGUCACUUUUUGUAUUCUUUUCUUUCCAAGCUUCACUCUUGAGUUGGACGCUUUCUAAGAAGAUCUCCAAUUUGAUAAAAGAAGCAUUCGUUUACGAUCUUCUGCAAAAAUACUACAUCAUUCCAGUCAUGAGUCUUAAUCCUCACCAAUAAUCUGACUGUACAUCCCAGACUUCUCUACUAAUCAAGUAGAAGCCAACUGUGAAGUGAUGCUCACCUUACUGACUGAUAAACAUUUCGACUCCGCCAGCUUCAGGUUUCUCCCCAAACCACGUCACACACUUAUGGGAGGAAAGUCUCAAGCUGUGCGGUAUUAGCUUAAGGCAUGAGGCGACUGUUCCCUCAUCUAUGUAUCACUGCCUUGUCGGUAAGAAAAGUGUUUCUCAAUGACUGUCCUAAAGAAAAACAGAAAGAAAUGUUUGUAAUAUUUUUUAUGUUUUCAGUUAGUGCCUGUUCAUGUAUGUCGUCGAGGGGGUCUCCAGUAUGGCCGAGGCUCCGAUAGGUCAUUCAUUUUAUCUGAAUAUACAGUUUAAAACAAGUUAAGUACAAUAUAUUUGUUAAAAGUGGUUUUAGGGUGUUGUGAAUAGUUUUAAGUUUUAAAAGAAAAGCCACAUCACAGCGUAAUGUUCUUGACACAGACUUUGUGGCUCUGCUUGAAGAGAAUACAGAAAAAAAAAAGAAAAAAAUGAAACACGUAGGUGACGAAAUGUUUAAAAGGCUGAUUUAAAAAGGCGUCGCAGUUUAGUUUUCAGUGUUUACAAUGGUGGCGGGUCGCAUUCGUCAUCUGUUCGAGGGCUGAAGGGGGGGUGACGCUGGAGCCCCUGAACACAAUCAGCUGGCACGUUGUUUUAAAGAGACUGAGACUUUAGCAACCGUGUCAAAAAAAAGAGAUUUUUUCCUUUAAGAUAGAGGUUAGAGGAUGAAAAAAGAAGACAAGACUACAUCGGAGAAAUAAGCUGUACAUUUGGGUUAUGGUGUCUUUUAGAUGAGUAGAUUUCCUCUCUUCUUCUUUCUAUAAGAAAAGAAAUGACAAUGGUAGGAGUAAUUAUUAAAACACUAACACAUGCAUAGACAUCCCAGUAGAAUAUGUGUAGCUUUUGUAAAGAUGAGAGAAAAAAAAAAAACAAAACUGAUUUUUGUUUAUUUUCAUUUUCGAGAUGCUUACAGAAAAAUGUUAUCAAUAUAGGUAAUAUUGAUUAUAAUGUUUGUGAGCUAAGACUAGUUGGAAUGUCUACAGAGCACUGUGCAAGGUUUGAGUUCCCAAAGUAGUGGUUUUUGGUCUUUUUUUUUUUUUUAACUUUAUUGAUAGACCAAAUGUUAUUUUCCAAUGGCAGUUGUCACUUUCUGUUAUUUUAAAUGUGUAAGCGUGUGGUUUAAUUAGAUUUACCCCAUCGUUUAGCAAAUCAGUGUAGCGAAUAUUUAACCACUCAGCUGGUUUUAAAGGAAAUUCUAAAAUUAAAGGGUGUGAUUUUUGUAGAAACAUCAACUACUGCUAUAAACUUAAGGAAUAAUUCUUGUGAUUGGAAGUAUAUUUAUGAUAAAAAAAAAAGAAUGUGAGGCAUUAAUACCCCCUUACACUGGUUAACAGCCACUAUUUAUCUACGUAGACGACGUUUGAUGGGGUAUUCUGUUACCGCAACCACACUUAAAUGUGCAUUAAUGUGUUUUAAGUCGUUUUUUUAGAGCACCUUAUGAGUUCUGUAGUGAAAGUCCCUUAGUGGUGUCUCCUUAACAACUACUAUCAAUGCCACCGUGCCUUCUGUUUCAAGCACUUCCUGGUGUAUUUUGUAAAACUCACCAAAAGCACUUAGCCUGUAUCCACACACUCUUUUCUCCUUCCCUCUCAUUUUUCUUCCACUUUCCUACUUUCUCUUCCUCUACCCCUUCAUCACAUCAGCUCAUUUUCUUAACUUUUUUCUCGUGUCUUUACCUCCUGACUGAUCCUUCACUCCGGUGGGGAAGAUGUUUCCCCUCCAGCUUCUCUGCUCCUCAGGCCUUUUGGGCCUUAAACAAGGCCGCUAGGCCUCGUAACAUCCUAGCAUGGCUAGGCUCUUUAACAGAAUGGACUACCUAACCUCUAGACAAGUCUAAAUCACUACAGGUGCAGGGUUAGGCAACUUUCGGUCUUUUUACUAACCCUUCGUGAACCAAAGCCCAAUUCAAGAUUAAUGAAUAAUGUUUUUAAUCUCAUGAGGUGCCAAAAUAUGUCUGAUAUGACACUAAAGGAUGUGAAAACUUGAGAAAACUAUAACCCGCCUACUCUUUCUGUUUCCUUUCUUUAAUCUUCCCCUCUUUUCUUGCUCUGCUUGCUCUUCCUCCAUGUCCCUCUAACGUCCGUAAACUGUCAAUCUCCAGCACCACUUGAAGGUGACGUGUACUAUCUGGUAUUGAGGCCUUUAUUAUUAGAUUUUUAUUUCUGUUCGUGUGGUGUUUGUUCAAUGCCGUUGAGAUGGAAAAAUGCUCUUAUAAUAAGUAUUGUUUUUUGGCAUUAUGGUUAAAAAAAAAAGAGAAGUGUUGUUGAAUGUUGUACAGCUAGCAGCAGAGAUGUUGUGUUCUUUAAAUUCUUUGUUUUUUUGUUUUUAAAGAGAGCACAAACUUGAGCGAUGGUCCCCUCAGCUCCUCCCGCUGGCAGAUGGGAAUUAAAUGGGAGGUCAAUCAUUGUACUGUGGGUAAAAGUCCCAUGAUGAUUACCCAUCUUCAGAUUGUUUGAAAGUUUGUUCCUAAAUUAAUGAUGCAGAAAGAAAAAUCCUCUUUGAAAGGCCUGGAACAACACUCUUACCCAAUCCUGGCACAGUUAUUAAAAUCUGGAGAAACAAGUCAGGGCAUUUACAUUUAGUUAAAUCUCCACAGUUUUGAAAAUUGCUUUUGAUGGCAGUCAGGACGCUCUCACUUCGGAGAAUUGGGGAGAGACGGUGACAGUGGAGUUAAGUCAACAACUACUCUAACUGGGGAUCGAGAAGGAUGAUUGUUUUUCUGUUUUUUUGCCAUAUAAAACAACUCGAAACCUCAUGAAUUUAAUAUCAACUUGCCUCACUUUUGAAUUCCAUCGUUGUUAACUUUGUCCCUACUUAGUCAACAGAAACAGUCGAGACAAUCCCACCCUGCUGAUGAUGCUACCAUGCAUCUUUACCUGCUUGCUGGCUGGUCAGUGUAUCCUGCUGAUGAUCGGUUGCGUCUCGAAGUUUCACUGGUCUUAAUACCAAAUGUAAAACAACAAAAAUGAAUGAAACAUAUUGGAAAGCACAAACACUAAUCACCUUUAAAAUCUUUGCAAAAAUAUUCCUCCCAACAUGAGACAGCUGAUCAGCCACAGGAUACGUUUACCAGUUACAGGCUGGCAAUGAGGUAAAAACAUGGAUGUUGUCUGGCUAGAAAAAGUUGAGUGAAAGUAAAUAAUGGUCUGAUGCAAAGGGAGUACAGUGUAAAAUCACUAUGUAGCAUUUGCUAUAAAACUUCAAAUGGUUGAGGUUUGUGUUACUUUAUAAGACCAAAGUUGACUCGUUAGAGUAGCUAAGCUUGAAUACUCAUACAUACAGAUAACAACCCCAUUAAAAAUAAAAAAAAAAAUGCUUAAAAACCAGUAAGCUAAUUAGCACUUGUCGACAUCUUUGUAAACUCAACACCAGAACUUAGCAUUUUACUGUAAAAAUGAAAAAAAAAAAAAAAUGUCCCUCUUCAUGUGAUCAGACUGUUUUUUUAACAGACUAAUCUUUGCGAGUUGAGAGGACCACGCUGGGUUUGAGCUCUUGUGUAGUUGACUGCCAUUGCAGUGAGGGAAAACUGACCUAACAUAGUAGUGACUAAUAUAACUUUGUGGACAAAUGGAAAAAAAUAAAAAUAAAACACAUUAGAAAUAAAUACAAAGUAAACAA